AUGUCUGAGAACUGCAUCACGGAUAACUUCGCGACAAACUGGUUACCUCAUUUUUCCCCUGAAGGCAACAUCCUCCCUGAUGUCUCCUUCAAAGUAGACUGCCAGAUCUGCAGCAAGUCACUCGCUAUCUCAGAUCCCGCAGAUGGUGAGAAUUUCGAGACAUUUACAGUUUUGCCUUGUGGCCACGCCUUCGGUCUCGAGGACGUACAGACUUGGGUCAUAGCCUCGGAUUCGGCAACUUGUCCUUCUUGCCGAGAGCCUCUAUGGCACCGCGAUUGCGAGCAUUACAUUAGCCUCAGACCACUAGAAGCUGGGAUGAAUAAUAUGCGUAAAGCCAUAUCCAAGUGUAUAAGACAGAUCCCCCCAAAAUGUCGGCAUUGCCGCCAUGGCAACGCUGAUGAUAGCCCAUCAGACGAUCACGGAGACGACGCUCCCGGACCUCUCUUUGAUGAGGCAGAGCUUGCAAGACUUUUUAUUGGCGAUAAUGCAACGGCGCAUGAUGAGGCAGAGCCUGAAAUACUUUUUAUUGAUAAUAAUGGAGCGGCGCAUCGCGUUGAACUCAGAUCGAGCAGAAAUGUUCAUGGGCCUCGUCAAAGAGUCCAGUUGGCGUCAGGGGUGCAGGUAACGUACGACCCAAGGGCAGCUUCACCACCACAACGGCUACCACGAAGAAGUGCGAGACACUACGCUGAAACGGGCCAACAGCCGCCAAACUUGCAGCGAAGGAAUGCCAUUGUUGGUGGUAUGGCAACAGCGCCAGAUUUUGGCUCGCGUAGAUCAGAACGUGGUCGUAGCCGUCAACAUGGCCCACCUAUUCAGGGGCAAUGGGACGAUGUAGAUGAGCUCAUGGAGAGAAUGGCCCGUCGAAUUGGUAGGGAUCCUCUUCUUUGUCGUUACCUUGUCCAUCUUACUAUCUUCGUCCUCAUGUGUCUAGUGAGCACCGUAUUGCUCAUUUAUGACGGUUUUAGGAAGAUGAUAGAACGUCGAGAUGGCGAGUGA